AUGCACGAAAAUGAUGAUCUAGAAAUUCAGAGGACUGACCUAGCGAAUGUCGCGCUUAUACUCAAGUGCCUUGGAGUUAAGGACUUGUCAAACUUUGAUUUCAUGGAUCCACCAUCCAAUGAAAACUUGUUGGAAGCCCUGAAACUGUUGAAUGCUCUAGGUAUACUGGAAAAUGAUCAUACAGCUGGAAAGAGAUUUCACAUGGGGAAUGUAGGAGACCAUAUUGGCUUGCUGAAUGUGUAUGAUUCCUGGAAGGAAACCAACUUUUUUGUGCAGUGGUGCGACGAGAAUUACAUCUAUGCGAAAAGCAUGAAACGAACAAGGUAUAUGAGAGAUCAGUUGGAAGAUUUGUUGAAAAUUGCUGAAAUUGAAGUAACAUCAAACAAGAAUGAUUUGGAAGCUGUAAAAAAAGGCCAUAAUAUCAGUUCAUACCCUUCUUGGAGCUCAAGUUUAGGUAAGGUGCUUCCGAGAUGGGUUGUUUACCAUGAGCUUGUUCUUAGGGAUUCCAAGAAAUACAUGAUGCAAGUAACUGAGUUAAAACCAGAAUGGUUGGUAGACGUAGCUCCUCACUAUUAUAGCAUGAAGAUGUUGAAGAAUGAAGGUUAA